AUGAAGCAUUGCAACACAUGGCAAUAUGGCAAGCUGUUUUGGUUCCGAGCUUUGCUGAGGUGUGCAAGCCCUUGGUUGGACGAAGGUGUGCCGGAGGUGGGCCAGCGUGUGGUCUAUUGCAGCGACUAUGGUUUGGCUGGUGUCGUGAAAUUUGUGGGGGCCACAGAAUUUUCCGACGGCCACGAUUGGGUCGGCAUCAUGCUGGACAAACCACGUGGCAAAAAUGACGGCAGAGUCAAGGACAAGCAAUACUUUACAUGUCCGCCGAAUCACGGGCUGUUUAUGCGGGCGAAGGUGCUUCUGCCAGAAGAAGCGGUCCCGGACCGCGCGGAACAAUCGCAGGA